AUGGUUUUCAUUAUUAAUCGAAUAGUACUUGAUACACCUUCAACUUGGAAUCGAACUCGUUUUGAAGCUACUCGUACUAAAUAUCGACAAGCUCGAAAAUUAAUCGAAACUAGUAUUAAUGUACAAUUUGCAAAACAACUCAAAGAUGUUUGUUUACAAAAUAACAUUAUUAAAAAAACUAUAAUUGAAAUUGAUCAAAAUUUAUUUGAACAUAGAAAUAAACUUCAUAUAUUUGAUAAUCUAACUGAAUUAGCUGUACAAUCAUUACCAAAUCAUUUAAAUAAACGUAUAGAAAAUAUUCGUCAUAUUCUUAAAAAACAUUGUAAUGCUAUUAAAAAAGUCUUACAUGAAGAAAAUGAAUAUUGGAAAGUGAUGCAUUCUACUAUUACAUCGAAUAAUUUUCGAGCAACUAACAAGAACAAGAAUCAUUUAAAGCUAUCUAAUAAAAAUUCGUCGAUUAAAAAUGAACGCAUUAGUAUUGUUUUACUUCAGAGAAAAUCGAAUCAAAUUCUUCCUUGUGUUAAUGAAACAUAUAUUGUUAAUCAUGAAGAAUCUCCAAAUAUAUAUUCUUCAGAAUUAUCUUUCAAACAAACUCAAGUACUACCAAUAUAUACAGAACCAAAUCUUCCAAUUCCAAUUAAUUUUUCUGCAACCAUUCUUCAGGAAGAAGGAGAAGAAUCUCCAUCAAUUAGAGAUAUAACUUCAUCAUUUGAUCAAAAUCAAACAGAUCAAGAAUGUUUAGAAUUUAUGGAACCAAAAAUAAUGCUCGAUCGACUUACUCAUACAGAUCUUCUUAAAUAUGGUAUUAAUGAUACUCAUUUUCAACAUCAAGAUUCUUUCGACAUUCCAGAACCACUAUCUAAACGUCAAACACGUUCGAGGAAAAAAACGAAAUCAGAAUCAAUUCGUAAAAGAAAAACUCGAAAACGAAAACAAUCAAAAUCAGAAAAUACUAUUACUUUACGUAAACGAAAAUCCGUUUCAAUUAUUAAACCUGAACGUCCGACACUUAGACAACGAAGGAAUAAUAAAACUAAGAAAAAUAAUAUAUCAAUUCGAGAACCAUCUCCACUACCUAUUAUUGAUCCAUCUAAUCACUACAGAAAUCGUUUUUCAACACGUUUUCAGCGAUUGAAUGAUAUUACAUUAUCAAUGGUUAACAUCGAUAGUAAUGAUGAUAAUACCGAAUUAAAUUAUGAUUGUCGAUCUCGGAAGAAAUCUAGUAGAUUAAUAAGAUCUAAAAAAGAUUAA